GUUUUUCACUCCACAGAUAAUUGACGUAUGUCACUAGAGAGGUUGGAUAUAGAUGUCAUGAAGCGCGAUGUGGAACAUCAGCUCGCGGCUAAAAUAAAUGCUUGUUUCAGUACGAUUAAACAAAGAAAAUGAAGUAGUAGCAUAGUAACUAAGUAUUUGGGUGGCACCCGGGGUGGCCUAUCAGAUGUCAGCGAUGUCCAGUGCCACCCCGGACACCCCCUGGCUCCGCCACUGUGUUUAUAAAGUUACCGAGGACGCGGUGGAUCCACUGACGGAUCCACUGAACGCGCGCGCUGGAGGAGGACGCGAAGGAUUUGUCAUAUUAGCUGGAUUUUAAAAAGCCACCCCGUUUCUGAGUGGAAAACUAGGACUAAACGAACUACAGCCAUCACACGCAGCGAGCGCGCGGCGUUUCUUUCUUUCUUUUUCAUUUUGUGUGUGGGAGACAAAACUGGCACAUGUUCGCGUGUAGAUUGAGAGACCCAGCUGACGACUCUUGAACCUUUGCAGUGUUUGUCCAUCUCUGUAAACAGUCCCCAGUGAAGCGCGCGUGACUCCACGAUGGAGCUCUUCUCCAGGAAUGUGUGCGCGCUCUGGAUUAUGGUCCUGCUGGAGUUCCUGCUCGAAACUGUGGCGGAUGAAGAAGUCCUGAUGAAUACGAAGACAGAAAUAUCAGAUCUUAAGUGGACAACAAACUCUGGCUCUAAACCUGAGUGGGAGGAGAUCAGCGGUCUAGAUGAGGAGAGCAACAGCGUGAGGACCUAUCAGAUCUGCCAGGUCGACGGCUUGUCCAGUCACUGGCUGCGCAGUAAGCUGAUCGAGCGCCGAGAGGCAUCGCAGGUGUACGUGGAGCUGAAGUUCACCAUGAUCGAAUGCUCAUCGCGAACCACGCACCACCGAUCCUGCAAAGAGACCUUCAACCUUUACUACUACGAGAGCGACACGGAUGAUGCGACUGCAACCCACCCCGCGUGGAUGGAGAACCCCUAUACCAAGGUCGACACGGUGGCUGCGGACUUCCUGCUGCGCAAAGGUGGAGAGAAGAAGUUUAAUGUCAAAACGCUGCGUUUGGGCCCUUUGACCAAACGUGGAUUCUACUUGGCGUUUCAGGCCCAGGGCGCCUGCAUGGCGCUUCUAUCUGUGCGUGUCUUCUUUAAGAAGUGUCCGGCUCUCACACGCUCACUAUCCGUCUUCCCGGAGACUGUUCCACGCUCGCUGGUCCAGGAGGCUGUGGGCCAGUGUGUGGCCAACGCAGUGCAGCCUGGACCCAAUCCCAGACCGCCCAAGAUGUUCUGCGGGGAAGAUGGACAGUGGGAGGACCAGCCCACCACCACCUGCACUUGCCUGCCGGGCUUCGAGGCCAGCCAUGGAGAUAUGGAGUGUAGAGUGUGUCCGGUGGGUCGUUUUAAGAUGGGAUCUGGUCCUGGCCCGUGUUCAGUGUGUCCUGACUCCAGUCACACAGGAGAGACGGGAUCCGCCUCGUGUGGGUGUCGCCCUGGUUUUUACCGGGCCCCUUCUGACAGUCCAGAUACACCCUGCACACGUCCGCCCUCGUCCCCGCGCAGCCCUGUUCCCCAGGUCAAUGACACGUCUCUCACGCUGGAGUGGAGUGAACCGUUAGACAGUGGGGGCCGAUCGGACCUCACCUACAGUGUGGAGUGUCGAAUGUGCCCGGCCCCUGGGGUCCCCUGCGCGCCAUGCGGGGACGGUGUGAAUUACCGACCAUCCCAGACUGGGAUCCAGGGCCGGCGCGUGAGCAUUUGGGGUCUCCGACCUCACACCACCUACAGCUUCACCGUGAUGGCCCUCAACGGGGUCUCUCCUCUGACCCUGCAGGGGCCCGCGGGGGACACCAUCAACAUCACCACCAGCCCCAACGUUCCUGUACUGGUGUCGGGUUUGAGGAAGAUCGCAGCCACAGAAUCCAGCCUGACGCUGCACUGGAACACACCGACCCAAUCACACUACAGGAUCCUCCAGUACCAGCUGCGCUACUGUGAGAAGGAGCGCGGCUUUGAGGAGUGCUCCUAUCAUUAUAUGGAGAGUAAUCUCAACGAGGUGGUGUUGAGUGAUUUGCGCAGAGCGACGCAGUACGAGGUUCAGGUCCGCGCUCGCACCUUGGCCGGCUACGGUAGCUUCGGUCAGGCUGUUGUCUUUCGGACCCUUCCUGACGAAGAUGAUUCCUCGUCUCCAGUGCUUGUUACCGGGAUCCUGAUAGCCACGGGCAUGCUGGUGCUCAUCAUCGCCAUUGCUGCUGUAAUCUGCUGUAAAAGACGCUCUCACCCUCCGUUAGACCAGCACUUCCCUCUGACGCCCGCGUCCUGUGGGACGGUGUCUGAUUGGCUCAGGGCCAUUAAGAUGGAGCGUUACGAGGAGAGCUUUCUGCAGGACGGUUACACAUCUAUGCAGCUGCUCACCCACAUCACCACAGAUCAGGGAUCUGCUGCGUUUGGGAAUAACUCUGGCUGGUCAUCAGAAGAAGAUCCUGUCCAGCAUCGAGGCUCUUGGGAUUCAAAACUAAACUCCAGGGAGUGUGCUCUACUGAGUGAAGCGUCCACACACACACACACACACACAUGCAGACGCUUGCUGAGUUUGCCUGAGAACUUCGUGUAACCUACACACUCACAAUCAGGAACAUUUGUACUUUCUUUUUUGCCGGGUCACUUAAGGGUCAGGAUGGCUUACUUGCUUCCAAGACUACCUAAAGGAAACCAGUCUAGGAACCUGCAUCCCACUAAUAUUACAAAGCAUCAUUUGUGAUAUGAAGUGGCUCUUAUAGAGAUGUUAUCCCCAACAUUUCAAGGAAAGACGUCUCAAUGCAAAGACACUGAUGAAGGUCACUCCCAUAUAGCAAAUGUCUUCUGGCCCAGAUCCGGGCCACACAAUGACUUUUCCCUCGGCCCAAGUACCGCAAAGAAUGAUGGUUCGGAAGUGGCCCAGAACUGGAUUAAAGACUCAGGCCAGACAUGGGCCAUAACCGGUCUGAAUCUCAGCCAGUUAAUCAGCCUUAGUUGGCCCUGAUCUGGGCCAAAACAGGUUUUAUUAUUGGUGCCAAUUUUAGUAAACCAGAAUCCCUAAAUCUGAGCCACACCUGAGCCUUAUAGCCCAGACCCAACCCAGAGAGCAAGCAGUGUCGGCCCAGAUCCGGCCGAAUGGAUUUCACGAUUUCUGGGCCAACACUAUAUUGCUGUCUGGGAAUUUUAAUAUUUCAUAUUAUUACCUUGUUUAUUACUAUGAUCGCAAUUACUCAUUUUGUGUCAUGCUUUAAUGUAGAAUGGGUCAGAUAAUAUGCUCCCAGAUCUUAGCCUGAUUUUGGCCACAUAUUACUGGACUGAUUUGAGCCACACUCCUCCCACUUACAAUCGGCCCUCAUGUAGUUUGCCGGAUCCCCACCGUGCCGUCAUUGCCACACAUGGCCCAGCUCUGGAGAGAGGUCUCUGCAGAGCAAAAGUGGGUAUUUAUCACUUUGUGGGUGUUUUCAAACUGCUGGGUGUUUCUGAAUCAUGCAAUCAAAAUGAUCCCCCUUACCCAACCCCACCCCAUCCCUAAACCUAACAUAACUAUGACGUUAGCCAAUCAGGUAUCAUGGAGUACAGCGGGAUUUUCAAAGCGUUUGGCCAUAAAAGAUGGUUCAUUACCAACUUUAUUUAGAACAACGAGCAUCUCUGA